ACCAGUAGAAGCGCGGAAAAGGGUUCAACUAAGGAAUUGAGCGGACGUCGUAGUCACGGCAGCUACUGGGUAGAAAGAAGAGAACAUAGUUGUCCAGCUUCAGGCUACCGUGUCCAGUGAGUCUUUAUGUCCUUUCACAACUGCGGAGCCACCAUCUUCUCACCGGACAGCGACUCACUGUUGCUGCCUUUGCUGUUAGUGGAGCGGUAAUAAGAGCGCGUGAGGCUCAAGUCGCAAACGGAACAGCCUCUUGGUUUCACAGCUGCCUAAGCCGAGAAGAAGUUUGUCUCACUUCUUGAACGCAGAAGAGAAACUAUGAGCAACAGGGAAGACGAAUAUGACUACCUCUUCAAAGUGGUGCUGAUUGGAGAUUCCGGCGUAGGGAAGAGUAACCUGCUGUCGCGCUUCACCCGUAAUGAAUUUAACCUAGAGAGCAAGAGCACCAUUGGGGUGGAGUUUGCGACACGCAGCAUUCAAGUCGAGGGGAAAACCAUCAAGGCUCAGAUCUGGGACACGGCGGGACAAGAGCGAUACCGUGCUAUCACUUCUGCGUACUAUCGCGGGGCGGUGGGAGCUCUCUUGGUUUACGACAUUGCCAAACACCUGACUUAUGAAAAUGCUGAGCGCUGGCUAAAAGAGCUGCAGGACCACGCUGACAGCAACAUAGUGAUUAUGCUUGUUGGAAACAAAAGUGACCUGCGCCACUUAAGGGCAGUGCCUACAGAUGAAGCCAAGGCCUUUGCAGAGAAGAACGGCCUGUCUUUCUUGGAGACGUCGGCUUUAGACUCGUCUAAUGUGGAGCUGGCUUUCCAAACUAUUCUCACAGCCAUCUACAACAUCGUGUCCCAGAGGCAGAUGUCGGGCCGAAACGACUCCGACUUCUCACCGGCCUCCAACGUCGUGCCCAUCACAGUCGAGCCCACCCAAAACUCAUCCAGUAAAGGCUGCUGCCAGUCCAACUGAGACCAAAUCACAGGGUUGGGGGGGUUGGAGG